UCUGUAUUGGUCGGGGCAUGUACAAAGAGAUCACAGAAGAAACGCUGACUGGAAAUGAAGCAACUUUGCUUGAAGAUGCUUGUGGCUUCUUAAACCAACCACUGCUUAAAGUAACAGCUGGAUAUUUGGUGAAGAUCUUUUGCAGAAGGUUUGGUGAAGAUUUGUUUGAAGAGUUAUCAAAGUUACCUUUUUAUUCAAGGCUCUUUGAAUCUGUUAUUGGGAUGUCUGAAGAAAAUAUCAAGAAGAACUUGAGCUUUUUCACCACAGCUGGUGAAACAUAUGGUGCAGCUGUUCAAACCUUAAUACAUAUCAACAGUAUGGAUAAUGAAGAUGAUCUGACACAGCUUUGUAACCUGGCUGAAGAAUCCACUGAGGAGUUUUUACAGGUUUCACUGGCUUUGGUUAAAUGGGUUCCAGAUUGUGAAGAAACUGAACCUGAAGUGUUAAAAACUUCAGUCUUUGAAUAUCUGCAAGAAAACGUGAAACUUGAUGAUGACAAAGGAGAUUUAAUGAUAAAAUUUGUCCAAGAUUUACCCAAAGAUCCUGCAAUGAAUGGUGAGGAUAGCAACCCAGUUUUAAAGAAGAUUCAUGAUGUGAUGGUGGACUUAGGCCUCUCACUUAUUGCAAGCAAAAGCUCUUUGUUGAAUGAUCUGAAAACCUUGAUGACAAAUCCAGGGUCAAUAGAAACAAUGUUCCUGCCAACAAUGCCACAAUCAUCAUACUUUGAUGUUAUGAAUAUUAUAAAACUUCAAAUGCCGGGUUAUCAACAGCGGGCUCCUAAAUCCUAUGUAUGUCCAAAUGGUCACCCAUAUUUUAUUGGUGAUUGCACUAACCCAGUAGCCACAAACAUACGAUGCCCAGACUGUCGUCAACCUAUUGGAGGUGUGAAAGAAGGUACUUUACAACCAGGCAACAGAGCAGAAGAAAUCACAGAAAGCAGUCAAGCCGGAUACAAACUUGGACUUCCGGGACCUUCAGUACCUGAGCGCGAAUUGAGUCGACUUUCAGUUUGUGUUCAAAGAUUCUUCCUCCAUUUAAUAUUCUACAUGAGAGUGAACAAUUGUGGAGAUGUGGCAAGGUGUCUUAAAAAAACAACGGCAGAAGAAUGUCAUCAACAUUUACAAAAUCAUCUGCUUAGAGAUUUGAAAAACUUCUCAGAUUUGUUCGGCAAAAGUUUUGACAAUGUUUUCUUGCUUCUUCACCAAAUUAUGAAGAAAAUCCGUACUGAUCAGACCAACCAAGUUGGCGGCGCAACUUUGUCAACUCUUAAUGGAAGAAAGUUGUGGGAGAGCGAGUUCCAUCGUUUGUAUCUCGCUGAAUAUUUUACAAACGCUGAUCAACACAUUGAUGAUGCAAGGAAGAUGUAUUUGGAGUUUGAACAACAGAAUGAGUUCAUGAGGUUGGUUUAUGAAAUGCAAGAAGAUGAAGAGGAGACAGAAGUGAAUGAAGAAGAAAUCACAUCAUGGGAUGAAAGGUUUCUAUGGCGAUACAGGAUCCAUAUCACAACUGAUCAUCUGAAGCAACAUCUGGAAGGUUCUGUAUCAACAGAAAAUGCUGAAGGCGUUGUAUUGAAGACAAUCCUAAACGUCCCCCAUCUACAAACAGUGAAAAAGCUUCCAGAAAUUUUGUUUCUUCAGAAUACGUUGAUACAAAAAUAUCGACAAAAAGUUGACAUAAAAGACAUGGAUGAAAUAAAUAUGGCCGAUUAUUUGAGGGAGAACGACAUUCCUUCUGUGAGAAACGCGUUUCAAACUUAUAUCUCUGUUUGGAACAUGUUAAGAGAAAGCUUUCCACGCAACAAUGCUCCCGAUGGAAUAUUUGAGUCUGAUAUUGAUGAAACUUCUCCUUUGUCGAUGUUCAUCCCCAGCUCAGCUGGAAGGGGGAUUUGCGCACUCACACUUACACUAUACGUGGUGGAACAACAGAAUACAUUGCUACAUAAAUGUAGAGAACUUAUAAAGCCACAGCCUGUAUUUGAUGUAAUCGAGUCUGCCAAUUUGACGCCAAAUUCUUUGAUAAACCUCGACUGCGAUAAAGAUUUGUUGCCGGUCGUCCUCGCUAACUCACAAUACCAAGCCACUACAAGGGAUGGGGGAUCAAAACAAAUCAUCUGCUACAGGAUUCCAGCACUUGAAAAACAGAUUUUGGAAAAGUACAUUCUGCAUAAAAACAUCAUAAAUGAACAGUCUCUCCCCACCAUGGUAUACUAUCAAGACAUGGGGAUAGGAAGGGAAUGUGAGGCAAUGAUGGAACACGUUCAACAGCAACCUCUGCCGAACAAAAUGUCCCAGAAAGUGAACGCUGUUGCUGGAAACAAAGGUUUGCCUGAUGUUUGCGAUGCUGUGAGAGCCAUCACCCUUGCUAUCACAUACUUGGCAAAGUUCCCUGGCAACCCUGACCAACCUUUGCUUGGUUUGUUUGAAACUUUGCAAGUUAAUCUAGAAGAGCGAGCGUUAGUUCCCAAGGAAACAAAACUGCAGCAGUUACUGUCGCUGUAUGAACAUUUAUCGUGGCACAGAUCAAUGAAGUUUGUGAAGGUUGACGGCGAUCCAUUUGAGAAUGUUUUGGAGGAAGAAAAUCGUGAAGAAAUUAAAGAUAUUGAAACCUUCAAAGACAGUCUUGUUCCUCACCUCGAGCAGAUUGGGAUGGAACUUAAUUCGUUUAUCUUCAUAAAAGCCAGAGGUCUUGAUCAUAACAUGAGCUUAAGAGAUUCCUUGCAAGAGUAUAUGAAUGGGAAAGACAAUGGAAAAGCUGCAUGGUUGAAGUUGUUGCCUCAAACUCUGAAGUUGAAACAUUCAAUCCAUUUGUUUCAAGUUGUAGUUAAAUCUAUGAAGAUAUAAAAUGCAAGAAGAAUGUGAUGCAUAUGCAACGAUAGUAGUUGUUGAUAAUUAGAUUAAAUAAAUAGGAAAACCUGUUUUACUUUACUCAGUAAUUGUUUAACCUGAAUCUCAAUGAUAUUUCUUCACCAUUAUGCUAAUAGGCCACUGUGUGUAGGGUGGUUGAAAAUAAUAUGUAAUUUUUCUUCAUUUUCAUUUCCAAUCUAAGUGACUUCAUUUUUAUUAUAUAAGUUUCUUCAGCUAUUACAAAUAUAAGUUUCUGUAAUGUUGCAUAUUUAAAUGCGACUCAUUGCUUUUUAUAAUUUCUUCAGUAUCAAACAUCUUCAUUUCAGUAUUCUUCUUCUUUCAAUGUUUAUCUGAUUCGGAAUAAAUCAUGAAAUCAGGUUUCAA